GCGCACUCCCCGGGCCGUCACACGCACCCACCAUGGCGGUAUCGCUGGGCGGUCGGGCCGCGCGGCGGCUGAGGCUCCUACUCUCAGCGCUGAAGCCCGGGAUCCAAGUCCCCCGGGUCAGGCCCGUCGCCGCGUUCGGUUACAGUAGUAAUAACUUAAGGAAGCCUAACAGCCCGCCUGAAGACAGAUGUUUUCCGGUUCAAUCUGGGGAUACUCUAUCUGAGGGGAAGAGACAGCGCCUGCCCCUGGCACCUGCCCCAGCCUCUGUCCAGCAGUCACGCUCCUCCGUGACCUCUGCCAAGGCGGCGGUGAACGGCGUCCACCUGCACUACCUGCGCACCGGAGACGGAGAGCGCGCCGUCCUGCUGCUCCCGGGGAUGCUGGGCAGUGGAGAGACAGAUUUCGGACCUCAGAUUGAGAACCUGAAUAAGAAGCUCUUCACGGUGGUUGCCUGGGACCCCCGCGGAUACGGACACUCCCGACCCCCCGAUCGGGAUUUCCCAGUGGACUUCUUUGAGCGAGACGCAAAAGAUGCCAUUGAUUUGAUGAAGACGCUGAAUUUUAAGAAGGUCUCUCUGCUGGGGUGGAGUGACGGGGGGAUAACAGCCCUCAUCGCGGCCGCACGGUACCCCUCGUAUGUCAGCAAGAUGGUGAUCUGGGGGGCCAACGCCUACGUGACCGAGCAGGACACGGAGAUUUACCAGGGAAUCCGGGAUGUUUCUAAGUGGAGUGAGAGGACGAGAAAACCUCUGGAAGCCCUCUAUGGGUUCGACUACUUUGCCAGAACCUGUGAAAAGUGGGUGGAUGGCAUAGAGCAAUUUAAGCAUCUUCCAGACGGGAGCAUCUGUCGGGACCUGCUCCCCCUGAUCCAGUGCCCCACCUUAAUUGUGCACGGCGAGAAGGAUCCUCUGGUCCCACGUUUCCAUGCCGACUUCUUACACAGACACGUGAGAGGGUCACGGUUCCAUCUGAUGCCAGAAGGCAAGCACAACCUGCAUUUACGCUUUGCAGAUGAAUUCAACAAGUUAGCGGAAGACUUCCUCCGGUGACCAUGUCCCAGGACGCGUGGUCUGGUGAGGUCUGGGCCCGCGGGUCAGCCCUCAGCUCACCGGCCUACCAGGCUCCCUGUGCUUCCCCCCCAGACAACUCCUAAUCCAGUACCACUGAGGACAUAGCAUCCUCUUUCAUAGCUACAGAGCUUGACUCUGAUGUUUUCAUACUGUGAUUUUCUUCCAUUGCCUUAAAUAAAUGCCUGUCGUGAUUUACUUUC